CCAGAACAAGAGCCCCGUCUCCUAGAGGCAGGCUGUUGCUGAGGACGCUCCAGGCAGCUUGGCCAUGGAUCCCUCCUCCUCCUCCUCCUCCUCUCUCUUGCAGGCUUUAAUUAACUACUAUUGCCAGGAAGGAUACUUUCGUCAUGUUCAAACAAUUGCCAGUGAAGGUGUUAAGAAGUUUGGGAGUGACCCUGUGUUCAUUUUCUACCGCAUUUAUGGAACCCUGAUGGAAGGGCACAUUCAAGAGGCUCUUCUCGAGCUUGAAUCUAUUAAAAACAAGCCAGAAGUAUCUCUUUGCACGCUAAUGGCCCUGAUCUAUGCCCAUAAAAAGAGCCAAAAUCCAGAUCAAGAAGUUAUCAUGGAACUAGAUGCUAAACUGAAAGAACAUCGUAAGACAGCAGGACAGGAGGCUCUAUAUUUUGCUGGCCUAUUCUUGUGGCACAUCGGACGCCAUGAGAAAGCCCGUGAAUACGUUGACAGAAUGAUCAAGAUCUCCAAUGGCAGUAAAGAGGGUUUGAUCUUGAAAGGGUGGCUUGAUGUCACCAGUGGGAAAGAAGCAAGUAUUAAGAAAUCUGCAAAAUAUUUUGAUGAAGGGCUGCAAAGUGGAAAUGAUAUCUUUGGCUUGAUGGGUAAGGCACAGUAUUUUGAAGCACGCCAGAAUUACUCAGGAGCCUUGGAAACUGUGAAUCAAAUAAUAGCCAAUUUCCCACACUUCCUUCCUGCAUUUAUAAAGAAAAUGAAGCUACAGCUGGCUUUGCAGGACUGGGAACAGGCAACUGAGACUGCACACAGAUUGCUGCAAAAAGAUGCUCUUAAUCUGGAAGCUAUAAAAAUGGACGCUAUUCACCAUUUAUGUAGAGAAGGAAAUAUACCUGAGGCUUCAUCAAAAUUGGCAGAUUUGAUUAGCGCACUGAAUAAAUUGGAGCCACAUAAUCCUCUGCUCUUCUGUAAAACAGCAUUGGUUUUUAGCAGAACAUGUGGCCGGAAUCCACUUAUCCUUCAGCACACGCAGACUAUGGUGGAAAGAGCUUUUAGCUUAGCUUCACACAAUACAGAAAUAGCCACAGAACUUGGAUAUCAGAUGAUUUUGCAAGGGAAAGUGAAAGAAGCUGCAAAAUGGUACCAGACUGCUAUGGCUCUCGAUGAGACAAGUGUUCCUGCACUAACCGGCAUUAUUCGAAGCCAGCUGAUGGAAGGGAAGUUAGAUGAUGUAGAGCAGCAAUUGGAGUUCCUGAAUGAAAUCCAGCAGUCUAUUGGGAAAACAGCAGAGCUGUCUUAUUUGCAUGCAGUUUUGGCUAUGAAGAGACAUAAAAGACAGGAAGAAGUUAUUACUUUAUUGAAUGAUGUACUUGAUACACAUUUUUCUUCCUUGCAUGGUUUACCUCUUGGUGUAGAAUAUUUUGAAAAAUUAAAUCCUGAUUUUUUGAUAGAAAUUAUAAAAGAGUAUCUUAAUUUUUGUCCCGCACAGCCUGCAGGUCCAGGACAGCCACCUUCACCUCUUCUCAAACCAUGUGCAUCUGUCCUUGAAACUGUGGUAAAAACAGUUCCUGGUCUCCAACAAGCUGUCUAUUUAGUUGCAAAGGUGAAAUAUUUGGCAGGCAAUUCUGAAGCAUCCCAGAGUAUUCUUCAGCACUGUAUAGAACAGAAUCCUUCAUAUGCAGAUGCUCACCUCCUUAUGGCUCAAGUUCAUUUGUCGCAAAACAACUUCAAACUCUGUUCUCAAUCUCUGGAACUCUGUCUCAGCUACAACUUUGAGGUUAGAGAACACCCUGUAUACCAUUUAAUAAAAGCUCAAGCCCAAAUAAAGAUGGGUGAAAUAGCAGAAGCUGUUAAAACUUUGCAGAUGGCAAUGAAUUUGCCAGGGAUGCGAAACACUGCAUCUUCCUCAAAAUCAAAAACAAAGAAGAUUGAAAUAGAUGGAAGUGACCGUGUGUCCGUCUACCUUGAACUUGUGAAGGCUCAUCGUUUGAAUGGUGAACAGCAUGAAGCCAUUAAAGUCCUCCAAGAUGCUAUCAAUGAAUUUUCUGGCACUCCCGAAGAGCUAAGAGUCAUGAUUGCUAAUGCAGAACUAGCUCUUGCACAAGGAGAUGUGGAAGCAGCAUUGACUAUGCUCAGAAAUAUAACACCGGAACAGACUUACUAUGUUCAAGCCAAAGAAAAAAUGGCACAGAUCUAUCUGGAGUACAGAAAAGAUAAGAAGCUAUAUGCAAGCUGUUACAGAGAGUUAGUGGAUAAACUACCAAGUUCUCACACUUUUCUUCUCCUUGGUGAUGCAUAUAUGAAUGUCCAGGAGCCUGAAGAAGCCAUAGAGGUUUAUGAACAGGCUUUGAAGAAAAAUCCUAGAGAUGGAGCACUGGCUCGUAAAAUUGGAAAUGCUCUAGUCAAGACUCACAACUAUUCGAAGGCAAUCAAUUAUUACGAAGCUGCUCUGAAAACUGGCCAGCAGAAUUUCCUGUCUUAUGACCUGGCUGAGCUGUUGCUGAAGCUUAACCAGUAUGACAAAGCAGAAAAGGUGCUUCAGCAAGUUUUAGAUCAUGAGUCUGCAAAUGAUUUGUCCUCUCUGAUGGAAGACAUCAAGUACCAGGUUCUCCUUGCAAAGGUUUACAGCAAAAUGGAGAGGAUUGAGGAUGCUGUUGUUUCUUUACAACAGGCUCGGGAUUUGCAGACCAAAGUGCUGAAAAGGAUUCAGAUAGAGCAGCUGGAUGCUGUUCCUGCGCAGAAACAACUGGCAGCUGAAAUUUGUGCAGAGAUAGCAAAGCAUUCAGCUACCCAGCGGAACUAUGAGAAAGCAAUCAGAUUUUACAAAGAAGCUCUUGUUUACUGUGAGACAGACAAUAAGGUGAUGUUGGAACUUGCACACUUGUAUCUUGCACAUGACGAUGUGGAUUCCUGCCAGCGUCAGUGUGUGCUAUUGCUGAAGAAUGAUCCAGAUAAUUCAGCUGCUGCUAUGAUGAUGGCUGACCUUAUGUUCAGGAAACAGGACUAUGAACAAGCAGUAUUUCAUUUCCAGCAGCUCUUGGAUCGCAACCCUGACAAUUAUGCAACACUGUCACGUUUAAUUGAUCUUUUGAGGAGAGCUGGAAAGCUAGAAGAAGUUCCAAGAUUCCUUUUGAUGGCUGAGAAACAUUCUCCCAGGACAAAGUUUGAUCCAGGUUUUCAUUAUUGCAAAGGGCUGUAUCUUUGGUACACCGGCGAACCAAAUGAUGCACUUCGACAUUUUAACAAAGCAAGGAAGGACAACGAUUGGGGACAGAAUGCUGUUUAUAAUAUGAUUGAAAUCUGUUUGAACCCGGACAAUGAAACAGUGGGAGGUGAAGUGUUUGAACACCUAGAUAAUGACACAAAUAGUUCCACUGAGAAGCAAGAAUCCGUGCAGCUGGCUGUGAGAACAGCAGAAAAGCUCUUAAAGGAACUGAAGCCCCAGACAGCUCAAGGUCAUGUACAGCUUCGCAUCAUGGAAAAUUACUGCCUUAUGGCAACCAAACAAAAAUCAAAUGUUGAGCGAGCAUUGAAUGCUUUUACAGAAGUUGUUGUUAAUGAGAAAGAUCAUGUGCCAGCACUCUUGGGAAUGGCUAUAGCAUAUAUGAUUUUAAAGCAAACCCCACGAGCCAGGAACCAGUUGAAGCGCAUUUCAAAAAUGAACUGGAAUUCCAUUGAUGCAGAAGAGUUUGAGAAAAGCUGGCUCCUGCUUGCUGACAUUUACAUUCAGUCUUCCAAAUACGACAUGGCUGGUGAAUUAUUAAAACGGUGCCUUCGUCAUAACAGGUCUUGUUGUAAGGCUUAUGAAUAUAUGGGAUAUAUAAUGGAAAAAGAACAAGCAUACAAGGAUGCAGCAGCAAACUAUGAGAUGGCCUGGAAGUAUGGAAACCAAACAAAUCCAACUGUAGGUUUCAAGUUGGCAUUUAAUUACCUGAAAGCCAAAAGAUACAUUGAUGCAAUCAAUGUCUGUCAUAAGGUUUUAGAAGCACAUCCAAAUUACCCCAAGAUCAGAAAAGAAAUACUUGAUAAGGCACGGGCAUCUUUAAGGACCUGACUAUUAUUGCAUGUACUUAUCUCCAUUGGAGGUAGGGGGAACUACAGGAGAGAUGAAGACAUCUCUGUAGUUUGUGAUGCUAUGCACUCCAUUAGUUCCCAAUUGGGGGUGGGGGAGGGAAUGUUAAGUAAAACUACUUUGAGAUUUAUCCUCCUCUGGAAGAGGAUGCUUCAGACCCCUCAGAUUUACUGUUCAUUAAAUACAAAUGAUAAUGGGUGUCUGUUACUAUCCACCUGUAGGUAUUGGCUGUAAUCCAAAUAAAUCACUUCAUUGUAAAGAAACAAGAGUCACAAGCUGAAUUCUCUGAUGAUCUUUCUGGUGGCACAGAAAAUCCUCAGGGAAAGUUCCCAACUGUGUUCAUGGUUCUCCUUUGACCUACAUAGAGGUGAUUUGUUUGGGAUGCAUCCCUUGUUUUCAUAAUCAAAAUCCUGGAAGGCAGGAGAAAGAGGGAAAAUUCUACUAGGAUGUUUUCUAUGUGUCAGUGUUUUAGCAGACUGUUUCAUUUUUGUAAAAUGUUUUUUUCCCUAGUAUCCAUGAUCAAGCUAACUAAUGAACUCAAUAAAUUCUCAUUUUCUCUGGCA